AUGGCGGUCAUUCUGGCGCAGGUCCAGCAACUACAGACCGUACUGGAAAAUGACGCCUGGCAAGAGGACGACAAGGCGCAGCGAAAGGUGGCGGAUCUCAUCAGCGAUGUGAUCUGUGCCCUUCCCAGUCCGGUAGCAGACGAAGUCAGGAGCAGGAUUUGUACGCAUUGCCAGUUUAGGGCAGCGUCAGAAUCUCUUUACGCGCACCCGGACGACGACAAGCGGAAGUCCCUUGGAUGGCAAGAUGUAUUGGACCGACAACAGGAGUGGAUCAACUCACCAAAACGCUUCUUCGACGAGCCGAAGCCCCUCAAUGUCGUCAGAUACCUGAAAGCAUGGAGCACGAAAGGAAAGUACGGUCUAUUGGCCGCAAUCAAGUUCAGACUCAUCGCAGGAGAGCUCCACCGGUGUCGGACAUCGUGGGGUCCCCGCGCCAGCAAGUUCCGCAAGGCCCUGCACGAAGCGGCUCGCUUUCACACAGAAGCUGUCAUUGAAGAAAAGGACCUGAGCGAAUGGAACGCGUAUGGUAGAACAUCGGUAUAUCUCUCACAGAACUUCGGGCCGGGCACGAUUAUCGCGCUUGCUGAAACGCUCGAUUCGACGUUGGUUCCCUGCUCCGCCAGCUAG